AUGACGCGACGUCGUACCCAUCCCCAUCUCGUUGAUAUAAACGUCGAGAUAGAAAAAUUGAUGAAAACUGUUUCAACGGCUCCACUGGCUGGCUACAACCUCGCUUAUUCCCCUUUUCAUAAAUCUAGAUUGGCUGUAGCAUGCGCAGCCAAUUACGGCCUCGUUGGAAAUGGCAGGCUUAGAGAGUAUAGCUACGAUCUACACGGCGAUCUUUCUCCCCACUCAUCUUUCGACACUCAAGACGGUCUAUUCGAUUUGGCGUGGUCUGAACUCCAUGAGAACCAGAUCGUGACUGCAACUGGCGAUGGCAGCGUGCGGCUAUUCGAUACGCAGAUUCCUAAAUUCCCAAUUAGGGCGUGGCAUGAGCAUUCUAGGGAGGUUUUCGGCGUCGACUGGUCACCAACAGACAAGACGCAGUUUGCGACUGCUUCUUGGGACGGCACUGUUAAAAUAUGGACACCCGAUAACACCCACUCACUGCUCACACUUCCUGCGCACGAUGGAUGCGUCUACUCUGCCAUAUACAGCCCCCAUCAGCCAUACUGUCUAGCCACCUGCGGAUCAGACGGCAAGCUUCAUGUAUGGGAUCUGAGAACACCUCAACGCCCAGCGACGUCACUGGCUGCCUCACCAACAGAGCUGCUAUCGCUCGAUUGGAACAAGUAUAUCCAAGGCACGCUAGCCACUGGCAGCGUCGACAAGAGUAUCAAAGUGUGGGAUAUACGGCAAGCGAAAUGUCUCAAUAACCUCCAUGGACACGAUUUCGCUAUUAGGAGGGUGCAAUUCUCGCCCCAUGUACCCAAUCUCAUUGCCAGCGCAUCUUAUGACAUGAGCGCAAGAGUGUGGGACACUAGCGUUAACGCGUGCAUUCAUAUCCAUGAUGCUCACACCGAGUUCGUCACAGGGGUCGCCUGGUCUCUAUUUGAUCCCUUGGUGCUGACUACUUGUGGAUGGGACUACAAGGUGCACCUGCUCAGCCUCAAGGACCUGAAUAGGCCGAACAACAUGAGGAACAUCAGCAACAAGAGGUGA